AUGGGAGACCUGUUAGCUCAGUUAGGUUCAGUUCUCGCUAGUGUCAUGUUCGUUUGGGCAAUCAUCCAACAAUACUUCCCAUACAACAUCCGUAACUUCUUCGACAAAUACUCUCAAAGAUUCCUCACUUUCUUCUACCCUUACAUCCAAAUCACCUUCAACGAAUUCACCGGAGAGCGAUUCAAACGCAGUGAAGCUUAUUCCGCCAUCGAAACCUACCUCGGCACCACCUCCUCCAUGCAAGCUAAGCGUUUCAAAGCCGAUAUCAUCAAGAACAACACACAACCACUAGCGUUAUCCAUGGACGACCAUGAAGAAGUUGCAGACGAAUUCAAUGGCGUCAAGGUUUACUGGGCUUCUGGGAAGAACAUACUCAAAUCACAAUCAUUUUCUUUCUACCCAAACACAGAUGAAAAGCGAUACUACAAACUUACCUUCCAUAAACGACAUCGGGAGCUUAUCUUUGGGCCUUAUUUGAAUCAUGUUCUUAAAGAAGGUCGUGAAAUCAAAGUGAAAAACAGACUCAGAAAGCUUUACACCAACAACGGAUCGCAAUGGAGUCAUGUAGUUUUUGAACAUCCAGCUUCGUUUCAAACUCUAGCAAUGGAUCCUGUGAAAAAGCAAGAAAUUGUUGAUGAUUUAACAACUUUUAGCAACGCGGAAGAGUUUUAUAAUCGAAUCGGUCGAGCUUGGAAACGUGGCUAUCUUCUUUAUGGUCCGCCGGGAACCGGAAAAUCCACCAUGAUCGCCGCCAUGGCCAAUUUCUUAUGCUAUGAUAUAUAUGAUCUUGAAUUGACUGCUGUAAAAGAUAACACAGAGCUCAGAAGAUUAUUGAUCGAGACUUCGAGUAAAUCGAUUAUUGUGAUUGAAGAUAUCGAUUGUUCAAUGGAUCUCACCGGACAACGGAAGAAGGAUAAAGAAGAGCCGGAAGAGAGUGAUCCGGCGAAGAAACCUGUGAAACCACCGGAGAAUGAGUCAAAGGCGAGCAAAGUCACUCUUUCUGGUUUGUUAAACUUCGUCGACGGUUUAUGGUCGGCGUGCGGCGGCGAUCGGUUAAUAGUUUUUACAACUAAUCAUGUUGAAAAGCUCGAUCCUGCACUAAUCAGAAGAGGUCGAAUGGAUAAACAUAUUGAAUUAUCGUAUUGUGGGUUUGAAGCUUUUAGGGUUUUGGCGAGAAACUAUCUUUAUCUUGAAACACAUGAUCUGUUUGAAAAGAUUCGUGUGUUAUUGGAAGAAACCCAGAUGACUCCGGCGGACGUCGCCGAGAAUCUGAUGCCGAAGACCAGUCCGGCGGAUGUAGAAGGGUGUUUGAGGAGCUUGAUCGAAGCUCUGGAGAACACGAAAGAGGAAAAAAGGAUCGAGGAAGAAGAGAAAAGAAAAAAAGAGUCGGCGGCGGCGGCGGCGGCGGUGGCGGCCGCGGAGGUGAAAGAUGAAAUCAAGGUAGCAAAACCAGUUGAAAAUGGUUCAAAUGGAAGCAUAUGA